AAUUGGUUUCAGAGACAAUUUUCAAGGAAAAUGAGUCAGGAUUAUGACACCAUAGAAACGGAGCAUGCCACAGCAGUAGCUGCUGCUGCAUUCGCAAUUAGUUCACAACAAGAGGUCUUAGAAGUCCCACAAGAAAAGAAAAAAAGUGAACCCCCUAAGACCUCAUUCACCGAGACCAAAAGCAAGAUGGAUGGUACAAAAUAUCCAAUUUUCCAGCCUAGUGGUAGUGGUGGAUCCAAGCGAUUCUCAGGUAAAGAUAUAUAUGAACAGAAAACUUGUUUCAUAAUUUAUACCUACUUUUUGAGGGGGGGAAAUGACAAUUUUGGUGAUUUGCAUCUGUAUCACAUGUAGGCUCAUUCAAACACACGAAUGACAAAGAUAACAAUGUGCCAAUAUCCCCAGUAACAGAAGAAAAGAAGCCUGAAAAGACCAUCACCCCCGCACCAUCAAGGAAAAAGACUUUAACUUUUAGGAAAAAGUUAGAGCGCACAGAUGAUGAAGAACCUGAUAUCCCAGCACCGAAAAAGACUCCAUCUUUUGGUGAUAAGCACUUGAUGAAAACUGAUGAUAUAAAACCUGAGACCCCAAAACCAAAAGUUCCUCCAUCUGUUCAUGAUGAUGAUGAACCUCAUAUCCCAGCACCGAAAAAGACUCCACCUUUUGGUGAUAAGCACUUGAUGAACACUGAUGAUAUAAAACCUGAGACCCCAAAACCAAAAGUUCCUCCAUCAGUUCAUGAGUCUGUGUCUUUAACGCCGCGGCCGCCGCCGCCGCCAAUCACGGAAACUUCAACCCCUGCAAGGAUACCAGUUGGAACCCGGGGGCAGAUACCAUCAACACCAAGCAUCAGAGAAACAAAAGCAGAUGCUUGGGAGAGGAACGAGCUAGAAAAGAUCAAAGAGAGGUAUGAAAAGUUGUUAGAGACUAUAGAAUCAUGGGAAAAGAGGAAGAAGAUGAAAGCUAGACGCAAGCUAAAUAAGCGAGAGCUGAGUGAAAGCGAGGGGAAAAGAGUGAAAGCGAGGAAGAAAUAUAUGAAUAAGAUAAAUUAUAUAGAUGAGAUUGCAGGGGGAGCAAGAGCACAAGCAGAUGAAAGACGAAAGAAUGAAGUGCUCAAAGCAAGAGAGAAGGCAAAUAUAAUUAGAACAACAGGGAAGCUUCCAGGGUUAUGCUCUUGCUUCUAACAACACCCAUUAUAUAUAUUUGUAAUUAAUAUCACUGAGUUUGGGCAACAAACAGAAAAUCUGUAAAUAUUCAUUUCAUAGUUCUAUGAUUUCUAUCUAUACUGCUCUCUGUAUUCCUUUGUAGUCUGGUAAUUUUUCGAUUUACACAAAGAAAAUAAGGAAAGAAAUAAACUUUUGGUGUACAUUAGUUACAGUUGCUUCAAGUUUUGGGUUGUGAUACAAUUAGCACACAUUCCAGGAAAGUACAAAAUUAAACACUUUACCCAGAAAACGAAGAUUUAAUCAGUGAACAAGGGGUAUUUUUAUAAUACUUAAUUCAUUUUGAAAUAUUAUUAGUUUUUCUAACAGAUAUUUUUACUU